ACUAAUAAACAACUUCCUCGCAUCAUGUGCCAUCAUGCCACUUUGUGUAGUUAUUCGGUAAACGGUGAGGCGGACCCGAACCUCUUCCUCUCCUAAUAAAUUCUUCUCCUCUAAUCCAUCCCGUUGCUCUACGGCGGCCUCUCCGAAACUCCCCUCCCUCCCAUAACGAGAGGCCUUCGAAGAGUGAACGAAAAGGGGAAAAAUGGGUGGCCUCGACUCAGAGACCCCCACCACCGUGGGCUCCUUCCUCUCGGACAAAUCUGCCAAGGUGUUCGUCGCCGGCCACCGCGGCCUCGUCGGCUCCGCCGUCCACCGGAAGCUGGUCUCCCUCGGAUUCACCAGCCUCCUCCUCCGCACCCACGCGGAGCUGGACCUCACCCGCCAGUCCGCCGUCGAGUCCUUCUUCGCCGCGGAGCAGCCCCGCUACGUGAUCGUCGCCGCCGCCAAGGUCGGCGGCAUCCACGCCAACUCCACCUUCCCCGCGGACUUCAUCGGCGUCAACCUCCAGAUCCAGACCAACGUCAUCGACGCCGCCCUCCGCUGUGGCUCCGUCCGCAAGCUCCUCUUCCUCGGCUCCUCCUGCAUCUACCCCAAGCUCGCCCCCCAGCCCAUCCCUGAGUCCGCCCUCCUCUCCGGCCCCCUCGAGCCCACCAACGAGUGGUAUGCCAUUGCCAAGAUCGCCGGCAUCAAGAUGUGCCAGGCCUACCGCCUCCAGCACGGCCUCGAUGCCAUCUCCGCCAUGCCGACUAACCUCUAUGGCCCCUUCGACAACUUCCACCCGGAGAACUCCCACGUACUCCCCGCCCUCAUCCGCCGCUUCCACCAGGCCAAGGUCUCCGGCGCCAAGGAGGUCGUCGUCUGGGGCACCGGCUCUCCGCUCAGGGAGUUCCUCCACGUCGACGAUCUUGCCGAUGCAGUUGUCUUCUUGAUGGACCGGUACUCGGGGCUGGAGCACGUGAAUGUGGGCAGCGGGAAGGAGGUGAGCAUCAAGGAGCUGGCGGAGAUGGUCAAGGAGGUGGUAGGUUUCCAAGGGGAGCUGGUCUGGGAUGCGACGAAGCCGGAUGGGACCCCGAGGAAGCUCAUGGACAGCUCGAAGCUGGCGGGGAUGGGGUGGCAGGCGAAGAUCUCACUCAAGGAUGGGCUCGUCGAUACCUACAAGUGGUAUGUGGAGCACGUAGCGAUGCAGCAACAGCUGUGAUGUUCUGAUCUUCUGGUGGUAUCUUUUCUCUCUUCUUCCGUUUGUGUUCUACCUGAUGGUUUCGAUUACAUUGUUGUUGUUGUUCUCAUAUCAGUAUGCUUUUGGGGAGAGGACUAAAUUGAGAUCAAAUUGUUAUCUUAUCUACAUACAUGAUCCUGGAUGGAUUUGUAAUGCUAUAUUCUUGUUGAUUUUAUUAAUAAAAGAGCUGUGCCUUGCUCGUUAGAUUAAAUCAA